AUGUAUUACACACUAUUUAUCAUUGAAAUUAUUUCUGCGCUGAUCCUUGCAGCAACCUUGCUAUACAGAUAUGGAGACUGUUACAGGAAUCACAUAAUUGUGACGGUGUCUGUGCUGACAGCAUGGUAUUUCUCAUUUUUGAUCAUGUUUAUUUUGCCACUGGACAUAGCCUGGACUGUGUAUAGAACUCAUCAAUGUUUAAAUUCAUCAACUCAGCUUGUUGCAACCACUUUGAGUUUGAGUUCUACCACUGCAGUACCGGCACCGCAAUGCCCAAUAUCCUGGCCAGAUGAAGUUUUUCCAAAUUUGUGGAGAGUAGUGUACUGGACAUCACAAUGCUUGACUUGGUUAAUAAUGCCCAUGAUGCAAUCAUAUAGUAAGGCAGGUGAUUUCACUGUCAAAGGCAAACUAAAGUCGGCUUUAGUUGAUAAUGCAAUAUACUAUGGGUCUUAUUUGUUUAUAUGUGGAAUAUUACUCAUUUAUCUGGCAUUUACAUCUGGAGUUACAUUGGAUCGGUUUAAAAUUAAAGCAAUUGCAUCAUCUGCCAGUAAUACAUGGGGAUUAUUCCUAUUGAUCUUACUGCUUGGUUAUGCACUAGUGGAAGUGCCAAGAAACUUAUGGAAUAACUCAAAGAAAAAUUAUACAUUGACAUACUGCUAUUUUAAGAUUGCAAAACUGAGUACUGAUAAGUUUGAGGCUGAAGAAACUAUUGACGAUAUUUUAGAGAGUUUAAAUUGUAUAACAGCAGCCGUUGAUUCAGGACACCCUUUGUACCGUCAUGUUGAAACAAUCGUCCAAAAGCUACCUGUACAACUUAGAGAUAAACUGGGUUCUAGGGCGCCUCCCGAACGGACACCACCGCCAUCUUUGAAAAGCCUUAUUAAUUUACAUAAAAAGACUAUAAAGGCUCUGCAUGUACUCCAGCGCACUGAAACCCAAUACACCAUAAUGCUUGAGAGAACCUACCAUUUGGAAGACAUAGCUGCCAACUGCAGGUCACCCGACCAUCGCUUCCAGCAUACUUUUCAGAUGGCCCGACCGAAGGUUCAAAGGAUCUUCUAUCCACCAUUAGUUGAAUGGUACUGGGAGUGCUUUCUAAAGCAAUACUUCUUGAAGACAAUGGCCGUGGUGACGGGAAUAUUGUCAAUAAUGGUGGUAUGGUCUGAAGUGACGUUCUUCAAUAAGGAACCAGUUCUGUCUAUUUUCGCUAACAUCGUAUCUGCGGCUGGAAAGAAAUUCAACUAUAUCGCUAUUGUGACAAUAUCAACCCUUAUUAUAUGCUACAUAUUCUACUGUGCCUACUCCACGGUACUGAAGAUCCGGGUUCUGAACCUAUACUACUUGGCUCCUCACCACCAGACCAAUGAAUACAGUCUGAUAUUCUCCGGAAUGAUGGUGUGUCGUCUCACACCAGCUAUGUGUCUUAACUUCCUUGGACUGAUACAUCUUGACUCGCAUAUUAUUACCCAGAGGAUUAUGGAGACUUAUUAUACACAGAUAAUGGGUCAUAUGGAUGUCCUUCGUAUUAUAGCUGAAGGAUUCAAUAUUUAUUUCCCGAUGUUAGUAAUAUUGCUAUGCCUGGCUACGUAUUUCUCUCUGGGUAGCAGGUUACUUUCGUUAUGUGGAUUCCAGCAGUUUGUUGGAGAUGAUGAAUUUACCACGGACUUGGUGGAUGAAGGUCGGGAACUUGUUAAGAGAGAGAAACGUCGCCGUCAACGCCUUGAAGAAUCUACGACACGUAGACGGGACUAUAGCGAACGGUUCACCGCUUACAGACCGAGGGAUACGGAUGGAGCCCGCACCGGGCUUCUUCACGAUAUUGGUUCGGACCACUACGCCUCACCAGAACGGACAGACAUCCACUCAUACCAACGCGCAGAGUUGCCAUACAACCGCCAAGAUGACAUUGACAGACGAUUCGGCGAAAGUACUCUGCCAACUGUCAGAACUGAAGAAAGAAGGCGGGACAGAUUAACUAUUCCUCCCAAAGGAUUGUUUGACGAUGUGUAA